AUGCCCUUUUCAGAUCUGCCCCGCAGGAUCAUCAAGGAAACCCAGCGUUUGCUGGCAGAACCAGUUCCUGGCAUUAAAGCAGAACCAGAGGAGAGCAACGCCCGUUAUUUUCAUGUGGUCAUUGCUGGCCCCCAGGAUUCCCCCUUUGAGGGGGGGACUUUUAAACUUGAACUAUUCCUUCCAGAAGAAUACCCAAUGGCAGCACCUAAAGUACGUUUCAUGACCAAAAUUUAUCAUCCUAAUGUAGACAAGUUGGGAAGAAUAUGUUUAGAUAUUUUGAAAGAUAAGUGGUCCCCAGCACUGCAGAUCCGAACAGUUCUGCUAUCAAUCCAGGCUUUGUCAAGUGCUCCUAAUCCAGAUGAUCCAUUAGCCAAUGAUGUAGCCGAGCAGUGGAAGACCAACGAAGCCCAAGCCGUAGAGACAGCGAGAGCAUGGACUAGGCUAUAUGCCAUGAACAAUAUUUAAGUCGAUCGAUCAUCAAGUGUACACCACUUCUCCUGUUCUGCCAAGACUUCUUCCUU